AUGCCAUUGUUGUAUUUUGCAUUAGGUCGCUUUGCUCCCAUGCUUAUACGUGAUGUUUUUCCCAAUUAUGAAUUUAAAAAUGAAGAUGGUAAAAAUGAAAAUUUUAGAAGACCUAUUACUAUACAAAUACAAGGAAAAAUAACUUUUCUUUGCCAAAUUCGGUUAUUUGAUUAUAAAGAUAAAGUAACAGAUAAUUUAAUAACGAUUGAUGAAGAUGAUAAAAAAUUAGUUAAAAAUAAUAAAUGGUAUUAUAAAGAUGGUAUCAUAACUAAUGAAAAUGGAGUUUCUUUAAAACAGUUAUUUUUAAAUACAGAAAAUAUCGAAUUACUUGAAGAAAAAACAU